UUUAGAGAAAUUAAGAAACUGACAGGAAAUUAGCCCCCCUAAACUUGAAUGAGGCUCAAAAUUUGCUUGGCCAAUCCCAUGUAGCGCGCGCUUUUUCAAAAAGAUCAGACGGAAGCGUUUUCGGGGCGAAAACUAAAAUUCUUCAUUUAGCAAACAAUGUAUAUUUUUUAAUACUUACAUGAAGUUCUGCGCAGAAAAACCAAAGAACAUUGUAGAGAAAAGACGCAGAAAAGGGUAGAGGCCAGAAAGACUGGAAAACGGCCGCUGUUGAAAGGGUAGGUGGGAGGAAGAUGUUAAUUUCUGAUGCAAACGCCCCGGAGGCUCCUGGGAUGCGGAAGUGGAUGCGGCUUCCAAUCACUUCUGGCGGGACUUGAUGGACAGAUGCCUUAUCCAAUCAGCGUGGGCCCCGCAUUAUAAAUAACCGUUGAAAGCGCUCACUCUUAUUCAGUGGUUCCCGGCUCCUGGCUGUUAGGAAUGGCUCGCACCAAGCAGACGGCGCGCAAGUCCACGGGCGGGAAGGCGCCCCGCAAGCAGCUGGCCACCGGCACCGUGGCCCUGCGCGAGAUCCGCCGCUACCAGAAGUCCACGGAGCUGCUGAUCCGCAAGCUGCCCUUCCAGCGCCUGGUGCGCGAGAUCGCGCAGGACUUCAAGACCGACCUGCGCUUCCAGAGCUCGGCCGUCAUGGCGCUGCAGGAGGCGUGCGAGGCCUACCUGGUGGGGCUGUUCGAGGACACCAACCUGUGCGCCAUCCACGCCAAGCGCGUCACCAUCAUGCCCAAGGACAUCCAGCUCGCGCGCCGCAUCCGCGGCGAGAGGGCGUGAGCUCCCUCCUACCCACUUGCACCGAAACCCAAAGGCUCUUUUCAGAGCCACCACAUUUUCACUUACAAGAGCUGUGCGCAAACUGUUAUGAUUUAUUUUCAGGCAGAAAUUACCGCCCUGGGCCUAGAGUGUGUGGUUUCUUGACUUGGUGUAGAAAGGGUUUGAGAACACAAGUCCAGGGGUUUUUGAAAAUAAAACCGUGGAGACUGGGAAACCAGGAAGGGCCUAAGGUAGAAGAAGCACAAGGACAGACCAAGCAGAGCUCCCUGGGCUCCAGAAGGGACUGGGCCAAGUCGGGUUGCUGACCGCUCCCUGUCAUAACGGAACCAUGAGCCUAGCUGUUUUCCCGGGUCCUGUCUCGACGCCUUAGAAUGAGCUCCUCGGACCAGAAGAUUAAAGCAAAGUGGAAGUUAUUACAGGCAGGCUCCGACUCCCCGGAAGAGGAGGGGGGCCCAAUGGUGGGCUGCCCGCUAAACCCUUGUGGUCAGGGGUAUGUAUAUAUGUGCUACAAGCUGCUCUUCGUCUACCUGUGUCGCCACCUGCUUGAUUCCCUCAAUUGUUUUUGCCCAACAACGACCUGAACUCUCUCCGUUUCUAUGAGUUCGUAUCCCUUGUUGCUGCAGGCCCUCCCUUGGUUUCCCAUGCCUCCCGCUGUGAGUCCAGAAACAUUUUCUUGCCUCUGCUUGGUUGGUUCCUGUGGUUAUGCUGCUCUAACUCAUGUCUGCCCUGCCUAUGUUCCCCCUCCCUUCGUUUUCCGCCGGACCCCUGCCCUAUCUGCCUCCAUUUCAAGUUAACCCUCUUACCUGCGGAGUCAGAGAAAAAGGGACUUGGGUAGGUUCGGAGGGUUAGACCAGGACAAAAACCACAGGCCCAAACCUAGAUUUAAUACCUGAUCUAAUUGCAGUUCCGACCUCUCCCAGGAAUGUCACUGUAAACCACCAGUCUGGAAUUUUCCGGUAAGGCUCUAGUAAGGUCAUCGGUCGCAUGGGCCCUCUCCAUCACAUUAGAAAGGAGAGGCAGCCUGCGAGAUGAAAAUGCUCUUAUUCUCUUUCCCCAAAGAGAAACCCUUUCCUCACCAUUGUUAAUGGGUUGCUUGCUCUGUCCCUGUUCCUAGAAAACUCAUUUAUUUUGUACAACUCCUAGGAGCACCCUUUUAGUUAGUUACAAGUCGGUUGCUGCCCGGUUCAGGAAUUGGUUAAUAAAGCUAAUUAGAUAUUCAAAUGGA